AUGGCGCACGAAGACCUUAUUUUCCACCUUAACCUUCUUUAUCAAACCUUCGCUGCUCUCCACUACAUUUCUGCUGACGACAUCAUCUCCCCACCAAUUCCGAUCAACCUUGCUGCCGCUCAUGAAGCUGGACUUUCGUCCGAGGUGAUCGCUCAUUUGCAACGACUACCACAAUUGAAGAGCGAGAUCUAUUCGAAAGCAAUCCUUCCUGAUGGGUCACAGCCUGUGUGCUAUGUUGAUGAUAACCUCGAUUGGGCGCGGACACCGACUUAUCAGGAUGCACCAGAGAUCUCUGAACAUGCUUUUGUGCUGAGCAAUCCGAAUAUCUAUGGUACUUCUUUGAUUUAUGAUACUGUCUCGGAAAGACUGCUGCCUUGGCUGGCAUGGGGAAAGCAUGUCGAUCUCGAGAUUCCAGAGGUUAAGAACCCCUUCGAGCUAGACGAUGCGAAGCCAGUAAAAGAGAUCAUGAGUCCUUGGAUAGCGAAAUUGAUAAGGCUGGAAUGGGUACCUUACAAAGAGGAACUCAGCUCAGAGCCUGAUGAAGAAUAUCUGACACAAGUCAACGUAGAUGUUUUGGAUCAAUACCAGGCACAAUUCAUCAAGUUCAGCAUGAGACAUGUGUACUUGGCUGCUGGAUGGGAUGACAAGGCUGCUGACUUGGAAGCUGCUCAGAGAGGAUUUGAUGGUGACCUGUUUGAGGCCAAAAAGUUGGAGUGGAUUCGAAAGACGCAAGAAAUACUUGAUAGGGCAUAUGAACAAGGAUGGGAAUGGUCGAGGAUACGGACGAACCUGCGUCUUGGAAACAGUGAGAAAGUCAGACUCCUUGAUGACUGGCUAUCCGAAGGACAACGACCAAAACAUAUCGAGAUCUGA